AUGGAUAUCUCUGUGUCUUCCAGAGAGGAAGACGGUCCGAAAGAUGAAGUCAUCCAAGGAAUGCUGAACAGCGCACGUAGUGCUAUGAAGUUGGGAAUGUUCGAAGAAGCAAUGGGACGAAUUGAUGAAAUAUUAGAGUGUGGAACCAGCGAUAUUCAACUUCUCGGCAAUAUCUACAUGUUAUACGGAAGAGUUUGUAGAUAUUUGAAGCAUGAUGCAAAGGCAUUGGAGUUUUUCGAUCACGAACUAAGUGUUAUCAAAUUGACCACGUCGUACUCAAAAGCAUGUGAUUCUUCUCGUCGUAUCACAGAUCUGGCACUCGCGAUGGGGAAGUUUUCGAAGGCUAAAAGAUGUGCAGAGGACCUGAUCGAUUAUACAAGCAGUAGAAAAGAUGGAGAAGCAUUUGUUAAGCAUGCAAGAGCUCUUCUCGUGUCCGUUUGUUUACAAGGUUACGAAAAGAAAAUGGAAAGUAAUCCGGACGAAAACAGUAAACUUCUAUCUAUUUGCAUCGACCAGAUUGAUAUGGUGAAACAGAUUAAUAAAGAACAUCCUGAUAAUACUUCUGAAGCUGAAGUUCUUAUGCUUGAAGCGAAGUGCUUUGCAGUUCGAGGACAAUUGGAAGAAGCGAAAAAAUUAUAUCAAAAAUGCGUUGACCUGUGUAUCAAAACGGAUCAAUUAUCCAUCAUUCAUCGUGUCUAUUAUGAGAUGGCUUGUUAUGCUGAAGGCAAUUUCCUCCUUUUCAAAAUCAAUAAUUUGAGAAGUGCUCUCUUCUAUGUCACAAAGUAUGGAUCAGAACGAGAGAUUGCCAAGUAUAAACGUGAAUUGGCUGCCAAGCUGUUAGCAUUCGGAAAUCCACAUGAGGCAUAUAUUCAUAGUAUGGAAGCGCUGGAAUUGAUGCGAAAACACAGUUUGAAAGAAUAUCUCAAAGAUUCAUGGCUGGUAAUUGCAAAGUGUUUGAUGGCCUUGGAAAAACGGCAACAAGCUGCAUACUACAUUAUUCUAGGAAGUAUUCUCACCCUCAAACAGGAAUCCUUUGAAAAGUUCUAUAAUUUGAUUGAUGAACUGAUGACAUCACAGAGAAAAGAUACACUAGAAGGAGAAGAAGUACGGCUGACAGUAGAUGGAUCCACAGACACAACACCAAAUGAGACUAUAACUAAGUUUAUAGUCAAAUUGGAGCACGCAACAAAUGUUGAGACGUGGCGAUCGGUUGUGAUUGGUAUACUUGAGGAACAAAACAAACCUGCAGUGGUAGAAGUACCGAAAGAAAAUGAAGAGCCAAUUGAUUUUAUGGAACUAAUUUGUAAGAUGAACUCGCGUAUGGACGAUCAGAGAACAGAAAUGCCUGCUGCGAUGUUUGCUGCCCCCCGGCCGAUGUCUUCUGCAUCUAAAAAAACUACCAAAAGUCAUCGAAUCCUUCCCGGACUUCGAGCUAAUUUAGCUAAAAUGCAAACAAUGAAGUUCGAUUCGCAAACCGUCAAUAGGUUGUUGAAGCGGUCGAAGAAAAGCAAAACGUCGCUGCAUUCUACCUCUACGCAAGGCGAUGAUACUCGAAGUGAAGAUACCACGGUGCUAUCCAAAUAA